UCUCACCCUCAAGGUAGAGUGUUGUAACCACGCCCUUCGUGUGGGCAGCUCUGGCUCCUACUUAAGAUGUGCUGGCGACGCUGUAACGCCACAGCCUGAACUCCUCUGGACGCCGCAACACUAGCUAUUUCAUCAUGAAGUCGAUGCUCGUCCUGCUCCUCGCCGCCUGCGCCGCCGCCAGCUACGUGGGCCCAGUGCACCAGCCGCUCGUGGGCGGCCCCGUGGUCGUGCGCGCCCCCUCCCACGACUCCGCGAUCAUCCAGAGCCAUCGUCUGGGCGGAAACUUCGCCUACUCCACCCACGAGGCUCACGCCCACGCCGUGAUCAACCCGAUCGUCGCCCACCGUCAGGUUCCCGUGGGCGUGUCCUUCCACCCGGGUCAGCCCAUCGUGCACUCCGAGACCGACUACGUGUCCACGUACGUCCCUCGCUACGGCUACGCUCAGCCCCUCGUCGCUCGCAGCCACUACUAAGGGGCGAGAGAGAGGGCCAGGGGAUGGCUGUGCUGGUGCAACAGGUGCCGCCUUUUCUUGCUUUCUCAAUUACUGACUCUGAUUCUCUCCAUCUUUUCUUCAAUUUUCAAUUCUUUCUCCACACAUGACUUUUCACUUGGUCGUUGAGCGUGAUGUUCCUUUGGCUUGGCGACAGAGCCCUUCAGGGUUGGUCGCCCUGCCUUGUACAGCUGAGGUGUACAGGCCUGUGAUUUAUUUCUAUGUAGUAUAUUUUUCAAUAAAGCAAUCUUGAAAACA